UGAAUAGGGUUUUGUUCUCUGUACAGUCAUUCCUACCACACAGAGGUUAUUUUCUAACAGCUUUCUACAUUGUUGAAAGGUUUGACUCAGAGGCAAACGGCGUAGAAGACCCUACGCAUCCAUAUGCGGGAGGAGAUAGUUGCUGCAGUCAGAGGGGAUCGAGCACCGACAGCAAAAGAAAAAGAUGAGUACGUUGAAACCGAGUGGGCUUAAGGCUCCCACCAAGAUCAGCAAGCCUGGAAUUACAUUGUUGAAAUCAGCUGCAUCUGUCGCUGCUGUUCCAGCCCCGGCAGAAAAGGCUGCCGCCUGUGAGAAGACAUCUAGCGCACCCACCUCAGAAGCACAGGAGGAGUUUGUCGAUGACUUCCACAUCGGAGAGCGCGUUUGGGUCAAUGGGAACAAGCCCGGCUUUAUUCAGUUCCUGGGAGAGACGCAGUUUGCUCCGGGACAGUGGGCGGGGAUUGUGUUGGACGAACCGAUCGGCAAGAACGACGGCUCCGUGGCUGGAGUUCGCUAUUUCCAGUGUGAGCCCUUAAGGGGAAUCUUCACGAGACCGUCCAAGCUCACCAGGAAAGUGUUGGCGGAGGAUGAAGCCAAUGGGACGCAGGCAUCACACGCUUCCAGAGCCACUUCGCCAACCUCCGUGUCGGCCGCCAGCCUUGUGUCUUCGCCCUCAGUGGCAGCUCACCUCCCCACGACAGGUAUUCCCCACAAGGCAUCUCCUCCUGCUGCUAAGGAGCACCCGGUUUCUCAAAUCAGUAACCUCUCCAAAACGGCGAGCGAAUCGAUAUCUAAUCUUUCUGAAGCCGGCUCGCUGAAGAAAGGAGAACGGGAACUCAAAAUUGGAGACAGGGUUCUGGUUGGCGGUACAAAAGCUGGAGUGGUGCGUUUCCUGGGGGAGACUGACUUUGCUAAGGGAGAAUGGUGUGGAGUUGAAUUAGAUGAACCGCUGGGGAAGAAUGACGGAGCAGUCGCUGGAACCAGGUACUUCCAGUGCCAACCGAAAUAUGGCUUGUUUGCCCCCGUCCACAAAGUCACCAAGAUCGGCUUCCCGUCCACCACGCCGGCGAAAGCCAAGACGGCGGUCAGGAAAGUCAUCGCGACGCCCUCGAACCUGAAACGCAGCCCAAGUGCCUCCUCCCUCAGCUCCCUGAGUUCCAUGGCUUCAUCCGUAAGCAGCAAGCCCAGCCGUACAGGACUAUUGACAGAAACGUCUUCGCGGUACGCCAGGAAGAUUUCGGGCACCACUGCUCUGCAGGAGGCCCUGAAAGAGAAGCAGCAGCAUAUAGAGCAGCUCCUGGCCGAGCGGGACCUGGAAAGAGCCGAGGUCGCCAAGGCUACCAGUCAUGCUGGGGAAGUAGAGCAGCAGCUGGCAUUGGCACGGGAUGGGCAUGAUCAGCGUAUACUAGAAAUGGAAGCGAAGAUGGACCAGUUGCGGGCCUUGGUUGAAGCUGCUGAUAGAGAGAAAGUAGAAUUGCUUAACCAGUUGGAGGAAGAGAGGAGGAAGGUUGAAGACCUCCAGUUCCGAGUAGAAGAAGAAUCCAUCACCAAAGGUGACUUAGAGACGCAGACCAAACUGGAGCAUGCCCGCAUUAAGGAGCUUGAACAGAGCCUGCUCUUUGAAAAGACCAAAGCUGACAAACUCCAGAGGGAGUUAGAAGACACUAGGGUGGCCACCGUGUCUGAAAAAUCUCGCAUCAUGGAACUGGAAAGAGACCUGGUGCUGAGAGCGCAAGAAGUAAUGGAGUUGCGAGCCAGGUUAGAGUCUUGCAAGCCUGUCAGUAAUGUGGACACGUCUCUCUCCCUGUUGCAAGAAAUCAGCACUCUGCAAGAAAAGAUGGCAUCGCUGCAAAAGGAACACGAAGAUGAGAUGAAGACCCUGAAGGAGAAGCUUGGGAUCAGCGUAGAAUCUUACCAGAAGGAAAUCAAAACCUUGCUGGCAUCCAAUGAGAAAAUGGCAAAGGAGAGCGCGUCGCUGAGAGCAAAGCUGGAUGCUGCCAACAAGGAGAACUUGGAGGCGAUUGAGCAGUGGAAAGCCAAGCUACAGUCUGCGAUAGCUUCACACCAGCAGGCGAUGGAGGAGCUGAAGACCUCUUUCAGCAAAGGGGUUGGGGCUCAGAUGGCGGAAUUUGCCGAGCUCAAGACCCAGAUUGAGAAGAUGAGGGUGGAGCACCAGAGCGAGACAUCAAACCUGAAGAUGAAGCAAGACGAUGAGAGGUCCCGUCACCAGAAGGAGAUCGAAGCGCUCAAACUGAAGUUGCUGGAAGUCUCCGAGGAGAAGGAGAGAAGCUUAGAGAGCCUGAAGACCAAACUGGACAGUGCAGAAGAUCAACAUCUGGUGGAAAUGGAAGAUGCUCUGAACAAGCUGCAGGAAGCUGAAAUAAAGGUAAAAGAGUUGGAGGGCCUCCAGGCCAAGUGCAGUGAACAAGCCCAGGCUAUCGAGGAAUUCAAAGCAAAGGUGAAAACUGCUGAAGCAGGGCUCUCGGAACUUGAUGCCCUUCGGAAGGCCGGUUCAGAAGGUAAACUGGAGCUGGAAAAACGUAGGAAGGAGCUCGAGGCAGCUGAGAAAAAGAUUCAGAAUUUAGAGAAUGAGAGGAAUAAUGAAAGUAGCCAGGCCGUUAAUCUGAUCAAGGAACUGGAAGAGAAAGAGCAAAAGCUCCUUGAGCUUGUGAAUAACUUGGGUGCAGUAAAUCAACUUAAGGACUCUUUGGAAAAGGAGCUUCUGGAACUGAAAGGAAAAUUUACUCAGGCUGCAGAUGAAGCAGAAAGUGUACAAAAAUCUAUGCAAGGAACUAUUGAAAAACUAAACCAAAAAGAACAGCAAUUUGCACUCAUGUCAUCUGAACUUGAUCAACUAAGGACUAGCUUGAGAACCAUGGAGAAGAAAUUGAAAGAGAGGGAAGACAAAGAACAGCAGCUGAUGGAGGCCAAAUCCAAGCUUGAAAACGAUAUCGCGGAAAUAAUGAAAUCGUCGGGAGAUAGUUCUUCGCAGCUGAUGAAGAUGAAUGACGAACUGCGGUCGAAAGAAAAACAGCAAGACGAACUACACCUUCAGCUCACCCAGGCCAAUGAAAGAGUUGCUCAGCUGCAGGAGACCAUGGAGCAAGCCUCACGUAAAGCUGAAGAGAGGCAGCAAGACACGCACAAAAACCAUCAGGCCGAGCUGAAAACGUUACAAGACAAGUUAAGCAGCCUGGAGGAGAAAAUCGCAGCCAGCCAAAACCAGUAUAAGGACUUGCAGGCAACGCAUGAAAAGAUGCAGUCUGAGAUGCCUGCCAAGCACGACGCAGCCAUCAGAGAUCUUAAAGAGCAUCUUCAAGAAACAGAGCAGAGCUUGGCAAAGGCGAAAGAAACAAGCAGCAAUCUGCAAAAGCAGGUGGAGGAGUUGAAAAAGGAAGCCGAGCACGCGAAGUCCCUAACCUCUAUGUUAGCAGCAGCCAGAAAAGAGAUUGAACUCAUGUCAGACAAGAUGAGGGCUUUGAUAUCAGAGAAGGAGUUCCUGGCGCAGGAAGGGAAUGCUUUAAAGUUAGAAAAAGGUUCCUUGUUAUCAAAACUUGUAGAGUUGGAGGCCAAAGUCGGGUUAUUGAAAGAAGAUCAGGAAAAGCUCUGGACGGUGAACGAAGAGCUUAACCUAGACAACAAAAAAAUCUUGAAGGAGAAACAAGAAGCCGAGAACAGAACUCGGCGAGAAAAGGCAAAGAACGACGAGCUGCUUUCUGAGAAAGGGAAGUUGCUCUUGGAAGUGGAGGCCGCCCAAGAUGAUCUCCUUAAGAUAACCAGGGAGAAUGAUGCUCUUCGCACCUCGAAGGCAACCCUUCUUCAGCAGGUGGGUGAGCUCCAGACCCAAAAUAAUGCCCUGGCUCAGGAAUGUCAGCAGAACAUCAGCCAGCGGGAAGAACUGGAAGACUGUCAGAGGAAGCUCCUGGAGGAAAACGCUGCCCUUCUCAAAGACAAAGAUGACGUCAUCCAGAAGCUGAAGAACUCUUACGAAGACAUGGCCAGAGACCAAAAGGAGCUCCUCCGGGAGACCGCCAGCUUGGCGGCUGAGAGGGACUCGCUGCUAGAAAAACAAUCAGGUCUCGAAAGCGAAGUUGAGGCUCUGAAAAAGGAGGCAUACCGCUGGAGGCAGACGAGCCAGGAUCUCCAACUGGACAAGGAGGCCCUCUUGAAAAGUCAGGAAGAGCUGCGCCAAAGCUUGGAGCAGGCUGUGGACGAAAGACAGAAGCUCGGUGCGAAAGCGGAAGACCUGCAGGCUGAUCUAGAAGGGGCAAAUAAAGAGCUUAAAAAGGUCACCAAAGACAAUGCACAGUUGCAGGCCUCCCAUUCCAGUCUUUCAAAGCUGCUAGAAGAGAUUAAGGCCAGCAGGGAAACGACGGACUCAGAGUGUAUUCAGUUAAUGCAAGAGAAGGACGCCUUGGCUUUGGCCGAAAGGAGGCUUCUGGGUGAAAGAGAAGAACUUCUGAAUGAGAACAAGGCGAUUUCGGAAAAGCUGGCAAAACUCUCAGAAGAUUCAGCCCUUGUGGAGAAAGCAUUAAAUGAGAUGCUAAGCCAGGUGAGCACGGAGAAAGAACUAGCUCAUCAGAAACACACAAAGGUUAAGAAGCAGAACGAGAGCCUGGCCAAGGAGAAGGCCGCCCUGGAGGCAAAAUGCGCAGAGCUCCUAGCAGAGAAGCAGUCCACAGCCAAAGCCCUGUGUGACUUGAGGAGAAAGCACGAGCUGGACAUCUCUGCCAAGCGAGUGCUGACCCAAGAGAAAGCCAAGCUCCAGGGCAGUGUUGAAAUUCUGAAGCGGGAGCUGGACCAGAAGAUGGAAGAAAACCAAGAGCUGGUCAGCUUCAAGUGUGAGCUGUCCGCCAUCUUGAAAGAGACUCAGAGUGCCAAAACUGUGCUAGAAAACGAGUAUUCUGCCCUGCUCCAUGCCAAGCAGAUGCUGGCGGCUUCGUUUAAGAGCAGCUCUUCGGAGAAGGAGCUCCUGAGCCAAGAGAACAUUCAGGUGCAAGAACAGUGCCAGAGGUUAAGCAGAGAACUCAAGAGAGCUCAGGACAGCCUAGCCACUGAACAAGAAGGCAGGAAGCUAGAGAAGGAGUCUUUCGUGGUGGAGAGCACGCAGCUUCAGAACAGCCUCGGCUUCUUAGAGAGGGAGAAGGAGCUGCUGACGUCUAAGAACAGGGAGUUGUUGGCGGAGAGGGAACAACUGAAACAACAGAAGUUAAAAUCUGAAUCCAGACUAGAGGGAAUCGUGAAAGAAAAGGAGGCCCUUAGUGUUGAAACGGAUCGACUAGCGUCCGAUAUCGAAAGACUCAAGAGCGAGUUUGCGGCGCUGACAGAAUCAAAGGCGGGACUCCAGGAACUGCACCGUGGUGUGUCCAAGAUCCUAGAAGAUCUCCGUUCCAGCCACGAAGCCUCGGAACUGGAGUGCGCCCGGCUUCUCCAAGAGAAUGAGAUUCUGCUUUCGGAGCAGAAGAGCCUGCUCUCGAUAAAGGAAGAGAUCUUGAGAGAGAAGGAGAAGUUUUCGGAAGACUAUCAUAAACUGCACGAGGAAGUAACGUUCUUAGCGCAGACCAACUGUGAGAUGUCGGCCAGCCUCUUGCAGUCUCAGAAGAAAAACCUGGAACUGCAGAAGCAAAAAGAGGAGCUUUUCCUGAAACUGAAAGAAACCGAGAGUCUCCAGGCACAGGCAGUAACACAGGGAUUUGAGACUGCAAAAACAGCUGAAGAUACUUUGCAGAUAGUUGAACAGAUGACCAAAGAGAGGGAUGAACUUCAGAGGCACAAGACUGAGGCACUGGCUUCACUGGAGGAUUCCAAACAAGCCAAGCAGAAGCUGCAAAAGGAGUUGGAUACCCUUAAACAGAACAGCCUGAAGAACGAAGAGGAGCUGAACAAGUCAAAGGGGCGCCUGGAUACAGAAGGGAAGAAAAUGGAAGAGAUGAGAAGAGAACUAGAAGCGCUGAGGCUGGCCGAGGCUGAGAAGUCCCAGCAGCUUGCAGCCUUGCAAGAAGAGAACAUUAAACUUGCUGGAGAGCUCGGCAAAGGUGAAGUGACAAGUCAUCAGAAGCUGGACGAAGAGAGAUCGGUCCUCAAUAACCAGUUGUUAGAGAUGAAAAAGAGAGAAUCCGAGUUAAAAAAAGAAAUUGAUGAAGAGAGAACUUCUUUACAGAAAUCCCUCAGUAUUACUAGUGCCUUGAUCACAGAGAGAGAUGAAGAGCUGGAAAAACUCAGAAAUGAGGUCACUGUACUUCGUGGGGAGAACGCCACUGCGAGGAGUUUGCAUUCUGUAGUUCAGUCGCUGGAGUCUGAUAAGUUGAAACUUGAGCUAAAAGUAAAGAAUCUGGAGCAGAAGCUCAGAGAGAGCCAGAAUCUACCUCCCGGCUCCUCAGAUGACAUAGCUGGUGGCACCAUCCAGGAUGAAAACGCCCAGGAAAGCCAGCAUAUGAUCGACUUCCUGAAUUCCGUAAUCAUCGAUCUUCAGAGGAAGAACGAAGAACUGAAACUGAAAGUGGAAAUGAUGUCCGAGGCAGCUCUCAAUGGCAAUGAGGAAGACGUUAUUAACUACGACAGUGACGAAGAGAACCCUACGAAGAAGAAGCCUCGCCUUUUCUGCGACAUCUGCGACUGCUUCGACCUCCACGACACGGAAGACUGUCCGACUCAAGCGCAGGCGAUGGACGAGCCGCCGCAUUCGACUCAUCACGGCAACCGGAAAGAAGAGCGCCCCUACUGUGACAUCUGCGAGGUGUUUGGGCACUGGACCACAGACUGCAACGAUGACGAGACCUAUUGAUGCCGCUGAGGAGCGGGGGAAAGGACAGCAUCCAGGCCAGCAAUUCGGAUGUGCUGACCUCAAAGAAAGAUUGGGCGGCAGCCCCUCUCCUGCCCUUUCUAAGCUAAAAUCAAAUAAAUACUUUUGCUUGGGCAGGUUUUUUCAGUUUUCCGUUCCAGCUCUUGGGUUUGUAUCAUCUCUAUGGGGAAGCUUCCCCGGGUCAUGACAUCGACUUAUAGGAAAUGAAAAAAACACCCUGUUUCAGCUUAUUUAAAUACCUUUUAAAAAUUAUGCUGUUUGAUUUUCAUAUUUGCACUAAGCUCUUCAAGCUGUUUUUGUAUGUUUUUUAGAUUUUUUGUAAAGCUUUUCGACACUGGAAUGAGUUUGAGAGAUGAGCUCUUUUUUGAAUUUUCAUCUGCUCGGUUAUCUCUUGGUCAAAGAAUCUGUAAGCCCUGGUGCGCUACCUAGAGAUCUGUAGUGCCUUUAUUUCAUCAAGAUUUCUUAACGGCGUGAACUAUUGUGAAGCAGGUAAGCAUACAAAGCUACUGUUGGGAAUCUUUUUUUUUAUACAGAAACUUCUAUGCUGUGCACAUUGAUGGAAUCCCUUCCCAGGUUCUUUCUGCUCCUGUAAAGUUGUACAUACGUACAUAUAUAAAUAUAUAUAAGAAAAGGAUUAUAUUUUGGGAAAAAAAUUCUUAUUGUCCUUGGUGUUUUGAUUCAUCUGAAUGGACCUCUUUGUGCACACCACAGUAACUUUAUUUAAUGACUUAGCCUCAAUCUUGGGAGAUUUUUUUUUACUGACUUCCUGAUUGCAUGUGCGUGUGUGCGUGUGUAUAUGAGUGCGUGUAAUUAAAAAAAAAAUCUCCCAGCAAAUUUGUAUCCUGUAACAGGUUUUUAUUAAAAGUCCGUUCAGAACUCAAGCCUUUUUUUUUUUGAUGAAUUAUUUAUUUCCCCACCCUCUUCUGGGACUGAAUUUUGUUCCAGAUGAAUGUAAAACAAAACAAAAAAAAAAUCAGUAUUUAGUAAACCUUGAAUUUUCUAAGAGACUAAAACUUUAUGAGAAAAGUGGGCGAAGCUCUGCCAUGCUGAUUUCUAAUAUAUAUGUACUUCCUGAUGAGAUUAUUCUGUCACGGAGUUGGUGAUAUGUACUACUUAACUUGAGUUAAAAGGUGAUGCCACAAUAAGUUGGUUUUAAAUCUCUCUUUUUUGAAUGUCUCAAAACAUAAAUGUAAAAAAGAUAGACUAUAUCUCUCCUGCUCUCUGUACAUUAUAGAGAAAUUUAACUCUUGUAUAGGUGUCUGAAUAUUAUAUAUAUGUAUAUGCCUUUGGUGUAUUUUUUUCCCCUCCAGAUUACAGACAGUAUUUGGCACAUGAGUAUAACGUCAAUCUUAUGUACUUUGUUUGAAAUUUGGAGUAAUGAAUGUAUUAUAGUGAUAGGAACAAAACAAAGCAGGGAAAUCAGUAUUAAACUUAAUCCAAGCGUACUGUAUCUUUAAUAAAAUGGUUAUUCUCUUG